AUGAGUGAAGUUUAUGGAAAAGCUACUAAAAAAACUCUUGGUAUGUCAUCUCACGAAAAUGCUACUCCUAUACGAGUUCUGCAUAAUUCAGCUGGACACUUAAGUGGCUCAGCAAGACCAUUUGGUGGAGUUGUACUCGGUUAUCUAGGUGUUCGAGUUUUUAAUCCAAAGCCAGUAGCUAUUAUGAUAAACAAUGUUGGUGGAUGCUCUGUACUACUUGGGCUGAUUGCUAUGGCUCAAGACGUUGAAUCACUAUAUGCAGCUGUAAAGGCACUCGUCUGUGUUGUUCGCUCGAACCCAGUUGCUCAGCUAGAAAUGGACAGACGCCGAGGGUAUCAAACAUUAGCUAUGUUACUGCAGCGGAAACGUUUUCUGCUGAAUUCUCACGUCCUUCACCUAACAUUCAGCUUAGUAGGCACUGUUGAUAGUGGCAGAGAAACUUCUGCUAUUCCAAAUAUUACUGCAUUCCAGGAUCUUCUCUGUGACUUACAAAAUAUGGACGGCUUAAGCGAAAAAAAUGCAAGUUCAGNAAUAUGGAAGCACGCCAAGGAUGAGAGAUUUCAUCAGACGAAAGAAACAGAAAACAUCUAA